UAGUGCCCGGAACCUUAGUGCCCAGCUUUCGGGUCCCGACGGGCCGUAGGCGCUGCUAUUCCGGGUCCCUCAGCGAGCUGGCUCCGGUUGCCAGGUGGGCCGGGCCCGGGCUCGGCGCCAUGUACGCCGUAUACAAGCAGGCGCACCCGCCCACCGGCCUGGAGUUCUCCAUGUACUGCAAUUUCUUCAGCAACAGCGAGCGCAACCUGGUGGUGGCCGGCACCUCGCAGCUCUACGUCUAUCGCCUCAGCCGCGACGCGGAGGCACUGACCAAAAAUGACCGGAGCACAGAGGGGAAAGCCCAUCGGGAGCACCGGGAGAGGCUGGAGCUGGUAGCCUCCUUCUCCUUCUUUGGGAACGUCAUGUCCAUGGCCAGCGUGCAGCUGGCAGGUGCCAAGAGGGAUGCCCUGCUCCUGAGCUUCCAGGAUGCCAAGCUGUCAGUGGUGGAGUACGACCCAGGGACCCAUGACCUGAAGACUCUGUCCCUGCACUAUUUCGAGGAGCCUGAGCUACGGGAUGGGUUUGUGCAGAACGUGCACACACCACGGGUGCGGGUGGACCCCGACGGGCGCUGUGCUGUCAUGCUCACCUACGGCACGCGGCUGGUGGUGCUGCCCUUCCGCAGGGAGAGCCUGGCCGAGGAGCACGAGGGGCUCAUGGGUGAGGGGCAGAGGUCCAGCUUCCUGCCCAGCUACAUCAUCGACGUGCGGGCCCUGGACGAGAAGCUGCUCAACAUUGUUGACUUGCAGUUCCUGCAUGGCUACUACGAGCCCACCCUGCUCAUCCUUUUUGAGCCCAACCAGACCUGGCCUGGGCGGGUGGCCGUGCGACAGGAUACGUGCUCCAUCGUGGCCAUCUCACUGAACAUCACACAGAAGGUCCACCCUGUCAUCUGGUCACUCACCAACCUGCCCUUUGACUGCACUCAGGCUCUGGCCGUGCCCAAGCCCAUAGGCGGGGUGGUGGUGUUCGCUGUCAACUCACUGCUGUACCUGAACCAGAGCGUCCCGCCCUAUGGUGUGGCCCUUAACAGCCUCACCACGGGCACCACCGCCUUCCCCUUGCGCAUACAGGAGGGCGUGAGGAUCACCCUCGACUGUGCUCAGGCCGCCUUCAUCUCCUAUGACAAGAUGGUUAUCUCUCUCAAGGGUGGUGAGAUUGUUGACUCUCCCAGCUAUGUGCUGACCCUCAUCACCGAUGGUAUGCGCAGCGUCCGCGCUUUCCACUUUGACAAGGCGGCUGCCAGCGUCCUCACCACCAGCAUGGUCACUAUGGAGCCUGGGUAUCUGUUUCUGGGCUCUCGCCUGGGUAACUCCCUCCUCCUCAAGUACACAGAGAAGCUGCAGGAGCCUCUGGCCAGCGCCGUCCGAGAGACUGCCGACAAGGAGGAACCACCCGUGAAGAAGAAGCGGGUGGAUGCUGCAGUGGGCUGGUCAGGGGGCAAGUCGGUGCCUCAGGACGAGGUGGAUGAGAUUGAAGUGUACGGGAGCGAGGCCCAGUCAGGCACGCAGCUGGCCACCUACUCCUUUGAGGUAUGUGACAGCAUCCUCAACAUUGGACCCUGUGCCAACGCCACCAUGGGUGAACCUGCCUUCCUCUCUGAAGAGUUCCAGAACAGUCCUGAGCCAGACCUGGAGAUCGUGGUUUGUUCUGGCUACGGGAAGAACGGAGCCCUAUCGGUGCUGCAGAAGAGCAUCCGGCCCCAGGUGGUGACAACCUUUGAGCUUCCUGGCUGCUACGACAUGUGGACAGUCAUUGCUCCUGUACGUAAGGAGGAGGAUGAGACCCCCAAGGGGGAGGGGGUGGAGCAGGAGCCCAGCACCCCUGAAGCAGAAGAGGAGGGGAAGAGGCAUGGAUUCCUGAUCCUGAGCCGGGAGGACUCCACCAUGAUCCUGCAGACAGGGCAAGAGAUCAUGGAGCUGGACACCAGUGGCUUUGCCACACAGGGCCCUACAGUCUUUGCCGGCAACAUUGGGGACAACCGCUACAUCGUGCAAGUGUCACCGCUGGGCAUCCGCCUGCUGGAAGGAGUGAACCAGUUGCAUUUCAUCCCCGUGGACCUGGGCUCUCCCAUUGUGCAGUGCGCUGUGGCUGACCCCUACGUGGUUAUCAUGAGUGCCGAGGGCCACGUUACCACGUUCCUGCUCAAGAGUGACUCAUACGGGGGCCGCCACCAUCGCCUGGCGCUGCACAAGCCCCCGCUGCACCAUCAGUCCAAGGUGAUCACGCUGUGUGUGUACCGUGAUGUCAGCGGCAUGUUCACCACUGAGAGCCGUCUGGGCGGGGCCCGUGAUGAGCUGGGGACCCGAAGUGGCUCCGAGGCCGAGGGCCUGGGCUCGGAGACCAGCCCCACAGUGGACGACGAGGAGGAGAUGCUGUAUGGGGACUCGAGCUCCCUCUUCAGCCCCAGCAAGGAGGAGGCUCGCAGGAGCAGCCAGCCCCCGGCUGACCGAGAGCCUGCACCCUUCCGCGCCGAGCCCACCCACUGGUGCCUGUUGGUGCGGGAGAAUGGAGCGAUGGAGAUCUACCAACUUCCUGACUGGCGCCUGGUGUUCCUGGUAAAGAACUUCCCUGUGGGGCAGCGUGUGCUGGUGGACAGCUCCUUUGGACAGCCUACCACACAAGGCGAGACCCGCAAGGAGGAGGUCACACGCCAGGGCGAGCUGCCCCUCGUCAAGGAGGUGCUGCUGGUGGCGCUGGGGAGCCGUCAGAGCCGGCCCUACCUGCUGGUACACGUGGACCAGGAGCUGCUCAUCUACGAGGCCUUCUCCCACGACUCUCAGCUUGGCCAGGGCAACCUCAAAGUUCGCUUCAAGAAGGUCCCCCACAACAUCAACUUUCGGGAGAAGAGACCAAAGCCAUCCAAGAAGAAGGCCGAGGGUGGCGGUGCUGAGGAGGGGGCUGGCGCCCGGGCCCGUGUGGCACGCUUCCGCUAUUUUGAGGACAUUUAUGGCUACUCGGGGGUGUUCAUCUGUGGUCCCUCGCCCCACUGGCUCCUGGUGACCGGGCGGGGGGCCCUGCGGCUGCACCCCAUGGGCAUUGAUGGCCCCAUCGACUCCUUCGCCCCCUUCCACAAUGUCAACUGUCCCCGUGGGUUCCUUUAUUUCAACAGACAGGGCGAGCUGCGCAUCAGCGUCCUGCCUGCCUACCUGUCCUACGAUGCUCCGUGGCCGGUCAGGAAGGUCCCACUGCGCUGCACAGCCCACUACGUGGCCUACCACGUGGAGUCUAAGGUGUACGCUGUGGCCACCAGCACCAACGCGCCCUGCACCCGCAUCCCACGCAUGACGGGCGAGGAGAAGGAGUUUGAGACCAUUGAGAGGGAUGAGCGCUACAUCCACCCCCAGCAGGAAGCCUUCUCCAUUCAGCUCAUCUCCCCGGUCAGCUGGGAGGCCAUUCCCAAUGCCAGGAUCGAGCUGGAGGAGUGGGAGCAUGUGACCUGCAUGAAGACGGUGUCAUUGCGCAGUGAGGAGACCGUGUCAGGCCUCAAGGGCUACGUGGCCGCCGGCACCUGCCUCAUGCAGGGGGAGGAGGUUACGUGCCGAGGGCGGAUCCUGAUCAUGGACGUCAUCGAGGUGGUGCCUGAGCCCGGCCAGCCCCUUACCAAGAACAAGUUCAAGGUUCUGUACGAGAAGGAGCAGAAAGGGCCAGUAACUGCUCUGUGCCACUGCAAUGGCCACUUGGUGUCAGCCAUCGGUCAGAAGAUCUUCCUGUGGAGCCUGCGGGCCAGCGAGCUGACGGGCAUGGCCUUCAUCGACACACAGCUCUACAUCCACCAGAUGAUCAGCGUGAAGAACUUCAUCCUGGCUGCUGACGUCAUGAAGAGCAUCUCGCUGCUGCGCUACCAGGAGGAGAGCAAGACCCUGAGCCUCGUGUCCCGGGAUGCAAAGCCGCUUGAGGUGUACAGCGUGGACUUCAUGGUGGACAAUGCCCAGCUGGGCUUCCUGGUGUCCGACCGAGACCGCAACCUCAUGGUGUACAUGUACCUGCCGGAAGCCAAAGAGAGUUUUGGGGGUAUGCGCCUGCUGCGCCGGGCUGACUUCCACGUGGGUGCCCACGUGAACACCUUCUGGAGGACCCCGUGCCGGGGUGCCGCUGAAGGGCCCAGCAAGAAGUCCGUGGUGUGGGAGAACAAGCAUAUCACAUGGUUCGCCACCCUGGAUGGCGGCGUGGGGCUCCUGCUGCCCAUGCAGGAGAAGACCUACCGGCGGCUGCUGAUGCUGCAGAAUGCGCUCACCACCAUGCUGCCCCACCACGCCGGCCUCAACCCCCGCGCCUUCCGUAUGCUGCACGUGGACCGGCGUGUCCUGCAGAAUGCUGUGCGCAACGUCCUGGAUGGGGAGCUGCUUAACCGUUACCUCUACCUCAGCACCAUGGAGCGCGGCGAGCUAGCCAAGAAGAUCGGCACCACGCCCGACAUCAUUCUGGAUGACCUGCUGGAGACGGACCGUGUUACCGCCCACUUCUAGUCCGACGGCUGAAGCUGCUGCCCCCGCCCCAACCCCCGCUCUCCACCCUUUUUGUACAAAACACAAAACAAUUUGUUUGAGAAGA